UCUAAGAUCAUUGGAGGAACAGGUGAACGAUGGGACUUUUGUCCAUUUCAGUGGAUUCCAAGGUUGAGUUGUUCUCUUGUUUGUGAGUCCGGUUUUGAUUUUUUCGUCUCUCCACAGGUGUCCCUGUUUUGGAUGUGGUAACAAGUCUCCAGAGACAAGAAAGUGAAAGAGAGACCAUGUUUUAGAGACCUCGUGUUGGCAGCCCAUCAUCUACAAUGAACAAUGAAGAUGAGUUCUAUGAUGCUGUCACAGGCUUGGAUUCAGACGAGUCGUGUGAAGGCACAUCAGACACCAGUUUUAAAGAUGCUGUAGUGUAUGACGGCGCUCAGAAGAAAAAUGGAGCGGUUCCUCAGGAGAACGGAAUUAAGAAGCACAGGUCGUCUCUUCCUGCCACCAUGUUCUCCAGGAAUGAUUUUAGUGUGUGGAGCAUUCUCAAGAAAUGUAUUGGACUGGAGCUGUCCAAGAUCACCAUGCCCAUUGUGUUCAAUGAGCCCCUGAGCUUUCUACAGAGAAUCUCGGAGUAUAUGGAGCACACAUACCUCAUCCAGAAAGCCUGCUCACAGACCGACUCUCUAGAGAGGAUGCAGACGGUAGCUGCCUUUGCUGUGUCUGCAGUUGCUUCUCAGUGGGAUAGAACUGGAAAACCUUUCAACCCACUUUUAGGAGAAACCUAUGAACUCACACGAGAGGAUCAGUUUUUCAGACUGAUCUCGGAGCAGGUGAGUCACCAUCCUCCAAUCAGUGCGUUUCACACUGAGAGUCUGACAGGAGACUUUGUGUUCCACGGCUCCAUCUACCCCAAACUCAAGUUCUGGGGCAAAAGUGUGGAGGCAGAACCUAAAGGGACCAUCACGCUGGAGCUUUACAAGCAUAAAGAGGCAUACACAUGGACAAACCCUUUCUGCUGUGUACACAAUAUAAUUCUUGGUAAACUGUGGAUUGAACAGUAUGGCACUGUAGAAAUUGUCAAUCACAGUACUGGAGAGAAGUGUGUGCUGAACUUUAAACCCUGUGGGAUGUUUGGAAAGGAGUUGCACAGAGUUGAAGGUUACAUCCAGGAUAAGAGUAAGAAGAAGCGCUGUGUGAUCUAUGGGAAAUGGACCGAGUGUAUGUGGAGCGUUGACCCACAGGUGUACGAGGCCCAUCGGAAACUCGAGAAGAAAGGAACAACGGACACUAAAAAACAGAAACAGCAGGAAGAGCCAGAAGCCGUCAACGAGGAUGCCGAUGAAAUGCCUGAAGUACAGGAGACUGUGGCAGUGAUUCCUGGUAGCAUAUUAUUAUGGAGAAUAUUCUCAAGGCCGCCUCAUUCAGCAGAGAUGUACAACUUCACUAAUUUUGCCAUGACGCUGAAUGAGCUGGAGCCUGGCAUGGAAGGAGUGCUGGCACCAACAGACUGCCGCCUGCGGCCUGACAUCAGAGCCAUGGAGAACGGCUACAUGGAUGAAGCCAGCAGAGAAAAGGAGAGACUGGAAGAGAAGCAGAGAGCAGCUCGUAAAGAGCGGGCCAAAGAUGGUGAAGAGUGGUCAACUAGGUUAGUGCUGCUCCUUUUUCACAGUUUUCACUGUUAUGCAACAUUUUUAACCUCUUCUACUGUUUUUAGGUGGUUUCAGUUAGGCACAAAUCCGUAUACAGGAUCACAGGACUGGCUGUACACUGGCGGCUACUUUGAUAGGCAAUACACAGACUGUCCUGAUAUCUACUGAUGAGGAG